UGUCAAUCUGAUGAAGAUGAACGAAAACCUCCAAUGUCCACUAAUCGGAAAAAUCGAAAAAACCCAGCAAACUCCACGCACAACUUUUUUGUUGAGAGACAAACAAGUGAGGAUUGAGAACCAUCAUCAUCAACAACAACACCAAAAAGCAUGGAACUCAUGAGUCUCUGACCAGGUUCGUACCCAACACUAAACGAAAAGUCAAGACGUGCCUUUCAUUUUCCCUUUAUCCCUUUUUCGUCUUCUUUCUAUCAUCUUCUCUAUUUAUCGUUGCAUUGCCAUCAAUCAUUGUCUGACAAUAAUGGGUUUUUCUUUAGCUUUCUUAUGAUUUCUGGGUUCGUUUGCUCUGGUUAGUGUAGAUUUUUUUCAUGCGAUUCUCUCUGCUUUAGCUCUUCUUUUCAAUUGCAGGGUUACUUAUUAUCUCUCUUGUUCUUCAAAAUCUGGGCUCUACUUUGGGACUUUACUUGUUUACGUUAUUUUUUUAUCAUAAUUCCCAUUGAUUAUCCUUCUUUCUUUUGUAUCGGAAGCUAGUUUCAGUUACUGAAUUUUUAGCUUUCAACUUGUUUAUUGAACCUGACUUUUUCUUAUUGUUAAACCGGGUAUCUUCUUUGAUCCAUUAUCAAAAGUGAAUUCAUGGCACUGCUGCUGUCUUUAUCAGUCUCGCUAUCCAUCACUUUCCUUAUCUUAGAUCAUUAGUUACAUAAAUGCUCACUUUUUUUCCCCUUUUUUCGUUUACAUUUCAAGUAUACUGUUUUGGUUGUGGCGGGUGCUGUAGUAGAUUGUAUAGUUUGUUGGUGUAUACAAGGUGAGCUUUUGAUUAAUCUUACCAUCAUGGCUGUGAUUGAUUUGGGUUUGAACACUGAUCACUGUGUUUUGAUUGUUUUCUUCUGAUUUCUGAAAAGUUAUUCUGUUUGUGUGAGAGUGGCAACGAGUUGAGUGUAGUCGCUAAAUGGAGGAAAUGGUCGGGCCAAGGUUGUAUAGUUGCUGCAAUUGCAGAAACCAAAUUGCCCUUCACGAUGAUGUUAUAUCCAAGUCCUUUCAGGGGAGAAAUGGUCGAGCCUUUUUGUUCUCCCAUGCAACUAACAUAAUGGUGGGUCCUAAGGAGGAUAGACAUUUGAUGACUGGUCUCCACACAGUGGCUGAUGUCUACUGCUGUGAUUGCCGUGAAGUGUUGGGUUGGAAAUACGAGCGGGCUUAUGAGGAAACUCAGAAGUACAAGGAAGGGAAAUUCAUUCUUGAGAAGUCGAAAAUUGUCAAAGAGAACUGGUAGGGUUAUCCAUGAAUGUUUUCUGGAUGAUUCUCCUCAUUAACCAAGUGUAUGGAUGAUAUCUUUCUGUGUUUUUCUUCCCAAUCGAAAAUAUUUUAUGCAUUGUUCUUCCCUGUGCAUUCUUGCUAUGUUCCUUGAUCGGAUGUUAUUCGUUUUGUUAAUAAAAUAGUGAAUGAUUUGAAUCCGUUGUUUAA